CAUGCCGGUUAAAGAAGCUGUUCAAAUAUACAAGGUAAAUGCAAACUGAAUUUAAUCACAUCAUUUUAAUUCCUUCUUUAUUGUUCAACAAUUUAAUUAUCUGAUUUUCAAACACAAUCCCAGGAUCAGGUGAAAUCUUCCAUCCAGUCUCUCACAAAAAAGAAAUCAGAAAUCCAGCGAAUGGAGCAGCAACAGAAUCAGAAGAUUUCUGGCGUUGCGAAACAGUCGCACAACCUUCAGUUCAAGAUCACAUUCCAGUAUGCUGAACUGCACCAGAUUCUCACUGAGAAAGAGCAGCGCACACUGGCAGAUAUCCGGGAGGAAGAGAACAAGAUUCUAAAUAUAAUGGAGACAAAUCUUUGGGAUAGUCAAGAGAAUUUAAAUUCCAUUCAGGAGGAACUCUUAAAGUUGCAGCAACAGAUGGAUGAAAAAGACUGUGUGGUGUUUCUGAAGGAGGAAGCUGGUCGUAAGCGAAGGGUUUGUGAUGAAGCCAAACCACUGUCGGUGGUAGAUGAAGCCUUGCCGAUUGAAAAGUUUCAUUGCCCUGUUUCGUUCAACAUGACAUUCAAAGAAAUAUCUGAUGACUGCAAGCAAGUCUCCGUCACCCUGGAUGUGGAAACGGCGCAUCCGGAGCUCGAGGUGUCUGAGGAUCGGAAGAGCAUGAGACUCAUCUGGUCCGGGCGGAUUCUCCCUGACACCGGGAAGAGUGGGCCCGGCCGGGUUCUGAUUUCCAUUUGCACUCCACACAAUCAACUCGAUGCCUCGGGCCUUGGGGACCAAACCAGUGGCUGGGUAUCUGCGGCGGUUCCUCUCCGGGUGUGUAAAAGAGUCGGAUCCCGGGACCGGUGA